GGCAGUCCGUCGCUCAUCACCUGAUGUGAGACAUGGCGCACAUGAUAAGAUCUAGGCUCCUGCCGCUGUCACUCAAGUACACUAAUCGCGUCGCGCCUCGCAUCACCGUGCCCUUAAAAUAUCAGCGAUUAUGUUUUCACACCAGCGACGUCCUCGACGUGAAGGGAAAGGAGUUGUUAAUGCCAUCCUUAUCGCCCACCAUGGAAAGCGGCACCAUAGUCAAGUGGUUAAAGAAGGAGGGUGACAAAAUUGACCCUGGUGACGCUAUUGCGGAUAUUCAGACUGACAAAGCUGUUGUCACAAUGGAAUUUGAUGACGAAGGCGUGAUGGCAAAGAUAAUUGUAUCUGAAGGAACGAAGGAUAUUAAAGUGGGGACUCUGAUAGCUCUCACUGUCGAAGUCGAUGAAGACUGGAAAACAGUAGAGAUGCCGGAAGGAUUGGCGCAAACUCCUCCAGCAACACCAUCUACUGCUGAAUCAAGUCCACCUGUUACAAAAGCAGAACCACCACCUGGCCAACAAAACAUUGCUAUGCCUGCCCUGUCACCAACAAUGACAACAGGUACAAUUGUGAAGUGGCUGAAGAAGGAGGGUGAUGAAAUACAGCCAGGUGACGCGUUGGCAGAGAUACAGACAGACAAAGCUGUGAUGUCAUUCGAAUUGGAGGAAGAGGGUAUACUCGCGAAAAUUCUUGUUUCAGAAGGAUCUCAGGUGGAAGUAGGUCAGUUAAUAGCUGUUGUGGUCGAGACAGGAAUGGAUUGGAAGCAGGCUGUUGUCCCUACAGCCACUAAACCAACAGGAGCCACAGAACCAAGUCCUACUAAACCGACAACAGUAACUGACUCCAAACCAUCAAGUGGGCAAGUCUAUGGUUUGGCAGUAAAGAGAUUGUUAGAGGAGUAUGGUCUGAGUUCUGGUUCAAUCAAGGGCACGGGACGUACAAACCGUUUAUUGAAGGGCGACGUUCUGGCGUAUAUUGAAGCGAAUAACGUUAAAAAAGUUACGCCUAAAUCCGCACCGGCUCCAGAAGCUGCUAAGGCACGUCCUUCCGUUCCAGAAGAGACACAUGUUCCGGUUGGAAAACCCUCUGCAUACGAAGAUAUCGAAAUAUCCAACAUUCGUGCCGUUAUCGCUAAACGACUCGGAGAGUCAAAGAGAACUGUACCACAUUCUUACGCAGUUGUAGACAUAAAUAUCGAUAAAUUAUUCGAGCUCCGUGGAAAACUAAAGAUGGAAGAUAUAAAUGUAUCAAUUAACGAUUUCGUUAUCAAGGCUGUCGCUCACGCGCUUGUCGAGUGUCCCGAUAUAAAUACUUUGUAUCAAAACGGACAAGUUGUUCGAGUGUCAAAGGUGGAUGUGUCUGUAGCAGUUGCAACAAAAACAGGUUUGAUUACUCCAAUAGUAUUUGAUACUGCCACUAAAAGCUUAGUAGAUAUCUCGAAAAAUAUUCGGGAAUUAGCCGAAAAGGCAAGAAAUGGACAGCUUAAACCACACGAGUUUCAAGGAGGAACAUUUACAAUUUCGAAUUUGGGAAUGUUUGGCAUUAAGGAAUUUUCUGCCAUUAUAAAUCUCCCACAAACCGCUAUUCUCGCUGUAGGUUCAGGACGAGAAGAGCUAGACCCCUCGUUAAUGAAGAUAACGAAAAUGACAGUGAAGCUGUCAUAUGAUAGACGAGCGAUUGACGAGGAUCAAGCAGCUGACUUUUUGGCUAUUUUGAAAGCAAUGUUGGAGGAUCCAGCUUUUCUCGCAGCUGGCAGGAUGCAGACACUGAGGUACAAACGUGAUGCGUAUUAAUCACUUCUAACAAAAUAAUCAUCUUGGGUUUAUUGCAAAAACAGCUUUUCUUGCAUCAAGAGAGAUGAAAUAUUGUUUUUGUAACUAUGUUACUAAGCUUAAAAAGUAGAAUGUAAGUGAGAAAAAGCUCAAUAUUCACUAAUAUAAUUGUAUGAUGUAUAGUGUACAUAAUUGUUGUAAUUGCUGUUUUUGAAAUAAACAAAAGAAUUAAUAUUAUUUUUUUCGUGCCAUAUAUGUAAUCAAAUAUAGGAAGCACGAUUUACAUACGAAAGCGUUUUGUAAAUGUUGAUUAUUGCUGUUAUCAAAAAUUGACCAGAGGACAUAAUUUAUACAUUUUUACUGCCAAAAUGAUAUUUACAAUCAAUAUUAUGGACAUUAUUCUCACAUUCAUAAAUUAAUAACAGUGAAGCGCUAAAUAAUUUUAAUCUGUGAUUCUUAAAACAUUCUUUAUUCUGGUAUAAUUUUAAAUUAUUUUUAAUUAAUUGAAUUAAAGAUUAGGAAUAUUCGCAAAAAGAUUGAGUGAUGGAAAAUAAGGAUAAUAAUGUCCAUUAUUCUGUAUUUAGAAUUUUGUAAAUAAUUAUAAUGUUGAUAUUUAUGUAAGUUUAGUUUUGUAAAUAUCUAUAAAUUAUUAGCCCUGUGACGACACACGGGACCUAUACAAUGUACAACUUCCGAGUCAAAGUUAUAAAAUAUAAAGAUCUUUAAAUUGUAUCACAAUAUUAUAAAUGUUUGAAUAUAAAUUUGCGUCCGAUUAUUUAAAAUUAAUGGAAUAAAGUUUAUAUUUGCUUAA